AUGGGCCAUUUUGGUAACCUCCUUGGGGUCUUUCGGUUCCGGUUUCAUGGAGGAGACAAGGCCAGAGUUGCAUGUGAAAAUUUGGGGUUUCGAAGAGUCUUCCUCUGUCGUGGUUUGCCUCUACAAUGUGAGUCUGUAGAACUCCAGCAGCUGUAUGGGAGCCGGGGACUCAACAGCAUCGGAGGGCCCAAAAGCAAUGUCGAAGCCAAACACCCAGAAAUUGACAUGGCACACGCCCUGGAAUGGCGGACCUUGAAGGAACAGCGUGGCACCAACUUGGAUAUUGAUGUAAAUGGUCACAAACCACAGGUCAAGCGUGUAUCUCACGCCAACAUUAAUGCCUCCACUAGCCGUGAACAUGAAAGGUUGGUAGUUGAUGAAGGAACCUACCCAGGCGUCAAGGAAAGCAUGAAGAACCCCUAUGUCUAG